GAUCCGGGUGAGCACGAGAUGAAAGCGCGCGUCGCGUCCGCAUCGCGAGAUGUCGUCGGGACUGGCCGGAUGAAGGGGAGAGGAGGACGAGACGGGAUGAGGACGGCCGGGGAAAUGUCCGCGGCGGUCGGCGGCGGGUCGAGACGUCGCGAUUCCCUGACGCUGCUGGCCGCGAUCGCCUGCUGCUGCUGGCUGCUGCUGAUCGGCGAGUGCGUCGGCCAGAAACCGAUCAACCUCGGUGGCAGCAAGAAACGCGACGUCUACAUCGCCGGCUUCUUCCCGUACGGCAAUCACGUGCCGGAGGGCCACAUCGGCCGCGGCGUCAUGCCCGCGGUGAAGCUCGCGGUGGAGCACAUCAACGAGCACCCGACGAUACUCAGGGACUAUCGGCUGCACAUGUGGUGGAACGACACGGAGUGUAGCGCCGCCGUCGGGAUGAAGGCGUUCUUCGACAUGAUGCAUAACGGGCCGCACAAGGUGAUACUCUUCGGUGGUGCUUGCACACAAGUCACGGAUCCGAUAGCGAAAGCCUCGAAACACUGGCGCCUUACGCAGCUCAGCUACGCGGACACCCAUCCUAUGUUCACAACCAAUAGCUUCCCGAAUUUCUUUAGGGUCGUGCCGUCGGAAAACGCCCUGAAUGCACCGCGAGUGGCGUUGCUCACGCAUUUCAACUGGACCCGGGUCGGCACGAUUUAUCAGAACGAGCCCAGAUACGCACUGGUGCACAAUCGGCUGGUGGCCGAUCUGGACGAGAGCAAAAUGGAGCUCGUGGAGACACAGAGUUUUGCUACAGAGGUGACAACGGCGCUCGAGAAGCUUAAGGAAAGAGACGUGAGGAUUCUCUUGGGAAAUUUCAACGAGGCAUGGGCUAGGCGGAUAUUCUGUGAAGCUUACAGGUUCGGCUUAUACGGCAGAAAGUAUCAGUGGGUCAUCAUCGGGACGUACACCAGAGAGUGGUGGUUGCGCCCGGACAGCGGAUGCGCUCCCUCCGAGCUGUCCGAGGCCCUCCACGGUGUCAUCCUGACGGAUUUGCUCCCGCUCACGACCGAGGAGCAGCACACCACGUCUGGAAUCACCCCGGACCAGUAUCAGGCCGAGUACGACUCGAGGCGGGGCAACGAAUAUUCCAGAUUUCACGGAUACACGUACGACGGUAUCUGGACGGUCGCGCUGGCUGUAAAACACGUCGCGCGCAGGAUACGACACUUCCAUCGUAACCAGACUAUAUCCGACUUUCGGUACAGGGACGUAUUGUGGGAGAAGCUCUUCCUCGAUGCCCUCAGGAAUACAAGCUUCGACGGUGUCACGGGUCCGGUCCGCUUUUAUGACAACGAAAGGAAAGCGUACAUUCUUCUAAAACAAUUCCUAGACGGUCGCGAGGUAAACGUGGGCGAGUACGAUAGCAUAACCGGCAAUCUGGAUCUGAAAAGAGGGGAGGUCCCGCUGUGGAACGGCAAGCCGCCCCCGAAAGACAGGACCGUUCGCAUCAUCGAGCACUCCACCGUGGACAUCACGCUGUACGCGGUGCUAGCCUCGGCCGCUAGUGUCGGUAUCGUCUUGGCAUCCAUUUUUCUCGCCAUCAAUAUCAGAUACAGAAAUCAAAGAUACAUCAAAAUGUCAUCGCCCCACCUGAACAACCUCAUCAUCAUCGGUUGUAUGCUGACCUACAGCAGCGUUAUCUUCCUCGGACUAGACUCGCAAUUAUCGAGCGUGGCGGCGUUCCCGUAUAUCUGUACGGCCCGAGCGUGGUUGUUGAUGGCUGGUUUCUCGUUGGCCUUCGGCUCCAUGUUCUCGAAAACGUGGCGUGUACAUUCCAUAUUCACUGACGUGAAGCUCAAUAAGAAGGUGAUAAAAGAUUAUCAAUUGUUCAUGGUCGUCGGGAUAUUGUUGGCUGUCGAUCUCACGAUCAUGACAACAUGGCAGGUAGCCGAUCCGUUUUAUCGGGCGAUAAAACAAAUGGAGCCCUAUCAUCACCCUUCCAGCGAGGAUAUAAUAAUCAUCCCGGAAAACGAGUAUUGUCAGAGCAAUCAAAUGAAUAUUUAUCUGUUUUGCAUAUAUGCAUACAAAGGCCUUUUAAUGAUAUUCGGUGCCUUUCUGGCAUGGGAAACCCGGCACGUUAGUAUACCGGCAUUAAAUGACAGUAAAUACGUGGGGAUGAGCGUGUACAACGUUGUUAUAAUGUGCGUCACUGGUGCAGCUAUAAGUUUUGUGCUGACUGACAAGCAGGACGCCAUGUUCAUAAUGUUGGCAGUGUUCAUUAUAUUUUGUAGUACAGCCACUCUUUGUCUGGUUUUUAUUCCUAAGGUAAUAGAAUUACGCAGAAAUCCACAAGGGGUGAUAAAUAAGCGGACCAGGGCGACUCUGAGGCCGAUGUUGAAAAUACGAAGGGACUCGACAGUCAGCGAGCUCGACGAGCGUUUGAAGGAGGCGAAGUUGGCGAAUAAAAAAUUCCGGAAGCAAUUGUUACAAAAGGAUUCCGAGCUUCAGGGAUUUUUAAGGAGAAUGGGGGAGGAGACCGAGAGCGAAACGCAAGAGACGGUCGACACGUUGCCAGUCCCAAAGCCAGAAGAGACUGUCAAGAAGGAAGGACCGUCGAUAACCACAGAGACGACCGAUGUUUCAAUGUCCAUGUGCAGCCUGAACUCGUCAACCGUUUCUCAGCCAGAGGGAGAUUACGUCAACGUAGAUCAAGUAGCAAAGAAGAGGGCGUCUCUCUCGAAAGCCACGUCAAUCAUCAUCGACAACGAAAGAAUGGCUGUAACGGCCCAGGCGCUCGAGGAGAGCUCCUCUCCGGGUGCCGAGGUGGCGGUGGACGCGACGCCGCCGCCGUCGCUAUCGUUAAUGACCACAACGACGACAAUGGCGCUAACAACGACGACGACGACGACGACGACGACCACGACGACGACGACGACGACCACGACGACGACGACCACGACGAUGACGACGACGACGACGGCGCAUAUGAAGCACACGUGCGGCGCGGACGCGUCGCGGCGCAAGAGCGUCCCCGACGAGGCGGGCAAGGUCACCGAGCCGUUGCUGAAACGCAACAGGAGUCCGGAACCGCUGCCGAGCGAAGCCGUGACCACGCGUUACGGUUUCGUGCCGCCGGUUGUCGAGGAAAGCGACUCCGUGAUUCUGGAGGAGACCGAGAUCGCGAGACACGUGUGUCGCGUGAGGAGGAGAAGUAAAGACGAGCGCAGGGCGAAGUUGUCAACGCCGCCGCCGACAAAGAACGUUUCCUUCGGCGAGCUCCACGAGCAGAGCUACAUCGAGCACGUCAUGCCUUUCUCCUUGCAAUACGUACCGAAUCAUCGGCACGCCGGGAAGUACGACGAGUCGAUGUCGACGAUCAUCCAGCGUUCCAUGUCGGAGCGCACGAGGGAGAAGUGCCUGCGGUUGCACAUCGGUGGCGGCCAUCCCAUAGUCGAGUGCUCGCAUCGCGUCGCCCGUCGUAUGUGCCGGCACGCGGGCUCGAAGCUGCGCCACCAGGCGCGGCUGGAGUACGUGCAGAGCACCCCGAAUGUGGCGACGAUGCACAACGGCAGGCACGUCGCGGCGAAUGCGCGCGAUGGAGCCGGCGACGUCAAUGGUAGCGUCUCGUCGUUGAUUAAUAGAACGCGCGACUGGUACAGCAACGCGAAAUUCGCGGAAUACUAAAUACGACCGGAGGCGCGCGUCUCCGCGCGCGAGACAGAGAGAUGGAAGGAGAUCCGUUGUAACAAUUAGAAAAUGAUUAGAACUUAAUGAUUCCACUUGGCAGCUGUACAUAUAUUAAAAAGUAUAUUUCCUCGGACAUCGCGUCUCGGGUCUCAGAAAUGUCAUGAUUUCUUUACGAGCGAGAUAUCUCGAUGAGGUACCGCCGAUUUCUCGUUGUACAGAAAAUAACGUUGCAUUUGCGCCAAAGCUAACGAUAAAUACGAGGGACGAGAUUUCGUCGCGACGAAGAUGGCGAUAAAAAAUUUUG